ACGACGUUGUCAUUUGUUUUCGGAACUAAGAGAAAGAAUUUUUAAGACAGUAUGCCGUGAAAUUGCGCUUAUGUUGCACAGAAUAUCCUAAAGACGAAAAACGACAGCAUAAUAAAGAUCGGCUCUCACAUUUUAUAAUAUUGGUUUACGUAUUAGGAUUACGUAAUUCGCCAAUGACCGAUAACCUCUUUAGUUAAAAGGUCAAGUUUAACUUAAGAGGUCGACAAUAUAUUUACCUACUGAUAUGAACAAAUCUGUCAUUUGCCUGCUUUCUUGUAAACUCACAGCUUGACUUGUGACAUGAAGAUAUUUCUAUUCCUAUCGCUGUUCCUAACCGCAACCGCCACAAACAAUGAAGAUAAAAACACUCCAGUUAUCACCAGAAACUUUGUAACCAAAACCUAUCUAAAACAUACUAGUCAAAAUGACGUAGUAAACAUUAUUGUACCUCUAAAUAAAAAAUAUUUUCGAGUAAAUGAAGAUGAGAUUACUUACCUCGAUGACAUUGACGAUGCUUUCAACGUUUGCUUCUUCACUGAAGCAGAUAACGUUAAAGGAGACAGGAAAUACCAAGAUUUAUAUAUUUAUAAAAAUGGUGAAACUACGAAAAUACUAGAGAACGGACGGGAUGCUACAGCAUUCAGUAAUGAAGGAAAAGCUUAUUUAGGAGCAUGUGAUGGUAUCUACGUAUAUGAUUACAGAAACAGUACUACUUAUAAAUAUGGAUCUCUUACUGAUAAUAUCAUCCAAAUAGAAGCAAAUCACCAAACAGGCGUCCUAUAUUUUGUAACAUACGACCAUCAAGUAUUCUCCGUUGCUGAUGAAGGAACGAAGAAGAAUAAAAUUAAUAUUAAUGAUGCUCAAGAAAUAGCCUUUGAUUUCAAUAACAACUUGUAUUACUAUGAUGGUUAGAAAGACUUGUACGUGCUUAACGAAAAUGGGAAUAAGCAAAUUGAAGGUAUACGUAAAGGUAGUGAUAUUAACCUGAUAAGACCUAUAUUUGGCCAAAAAGGAGUAUUUGCUGUUGUCGAUGAUGCUCUCUACCUGCUAAAUGG